AUGAGAUCCAGGCUAGGGUACCAACCGUCUAUGUUAUCGUUGGCCUCAAUCAUGGUCCAUCCAGGUAAAAGAUUUGGAAGCAUGAUAGAAAGUGCAUCUUUCUGCGCCUUAGGUUUGCUUGUUGGAGCGGCUUGGGCUAUCUUUGGAAGAUUCUUAGCUCAAAGGAUCAUAGGGGAUGAUAAUUUAAACCUAGAUGAGGAACAGUUGAACAGUGCUCAUUUUGAUAUUUUCCAAAAGUGCUUGGUAUUGCUAUCCAUGUUUGAAAUCAUUAUGCUCUUUUUUCAUGGCUUUAUCAGAGUUAUCGAUCCGCAUUUCUUUGGUAUUAUGUUUCCCUUGUUUUUGGUUGUCCAUUUCGCGUUACUUGAUGAUCUACUGAAACCUGCGUUGGCUGUUUUUCAAGCCUAUCUUGUGCCAUUCUUUUUGGGGAUUGCUAUUUCUAUUGUGUGUAAUUUGUUUAUUUUUCCAGAAUUUGGCUCAACAUAUUUGGGCACUACUACAUUGUCUGCUCUUAAUCAGCUACACGCAACUUUUGAUUCAUCAAUUCAAUACUUUGUCAUGUCACCUUUCAAAGAUAAUUUGAGUGGUACAUACACAAGCGGCCCAGUUCAAUUGAAACAGCUACUUUCAAAUCAAAAAUUGUUAAAACAGAAACUUUCGCAAUGUCAAUCUGUAUUGAAGGAGUGUACUUAUGAAAUCUCCUACUCAUACCUUUCUCCGAGUGAAUUGAAGUUUUUCUUGAAAACUUUUGCAGAAAUGAAUAAGUAUCUCCUUGCAAUCAUCAAUGGAUGUCAGUUGGAAUUCGCGGUAUUGGAUGAUGGACAUGAGUCAAUUGAUGAAGCAGGCAAUAAGCAGUUGUUGCAGAUGUUGGAGAAGAUCAAAACCCCCAUCAUCAAGCUUCACCGAUCUUUGAGUGAAUCUAUUUAUUACUUGAAAUUGGGUAUUUGUUACACGUAUGAUGUUAAUCCAAAGGAUUGUAAUGAAUCAUGCUUUUUGCUUGAGGGGGUGCCUGUUAACAUUGAAACCAUGAAUUUCAAAGAACAAAACGCGAAAUUAUCGCGUGCCAUCACAGAGUUCGAUGAAACUUGGAGAGUCGCCAUUGAAUCUUUUGCUAAUUCUGAUGAAAAUGGAUUGUUAUUAUUACCACAGGAUGACAUAUUUCUAUUGUCUUGGUUCAUAUUGAAUUUCAAAGAAUUUUCGACCGAAACUUUGAAGCUCAAUUUGAACCUUGAAUCUUUGGUUGCCACAAAAAAGCUGAGAAUGCAAGCCGGCUGGCUAUUUGGCAAAAAAAUAUGGAUUUCCUUCUUAACAAACAGAGAAAUGUUUGUCAACUGGUUGAAUAAAUCCACCACCGCACAGAUGAGUGAGUCUCAAAGCUUACAAAGUGGAAGGGCUGGUAAUUCAACUCAGUUUCUGCUCAGCUCCUAUGCUAGACCACGCACUGGCCGUUCUAGAUCUUUAUCAUUGGUUGAAAACCGGGAAAUUAACUUGUUCAAGGCAUCAUUACAACCCUCGGAUGAUGAGAAAAAAAUAAGAAGCUGGAAUUUAGAUUAUCAGUUAUCAUUGAUUGUCCUCUUCAUGUUGAAAUUGGGGACAAAAUAUCGCCCACACAUUACAUUUGGGUUGCAGUGUGUUAUGGCGUUGAUGCUUGCUUCCUUUCCUAUGUUCAUUCCUGAAAUAAGACACUGGUAUGUGGAUAUCAGAGGUGCCUGGAUUGGUUUUGUUUGUAUUUUGGUAGUUGAGCCCUCUGUUGGUGAUACUUUCUGGGUUUUCUUUUUGAGAGGCGCUGGAAUUAUUCUCGGGGCCUCUUGGGGCUACUUAUCUUACGUUGCUGGUUGCCAUCAAAGAUACGUCGUUGUGGAGGUCACUAUCACCAUUAUUGGUGCUAUCCCCGGUUUUUAUUUCUUCUUGGGUACACCAUAUGUCAAAGGGGCUAUUAUCGGUUUGGUUUCGUUGUAUGUCGUGAUUCUUGCGACGGUGAUCCCAUCAGCCAUCGGAGGCUCAAUUUUGAUUAAUUGGGGUAAGCGUUGCUUGGCUUUCAUAUAUGGAGGUUUCAUCGGGUUGGUUUCCAAUCUCUGUGUCUUUCCGGUCCAAGCAAAACGGGAAUUGAUGAAUGAACUUUCUUAUAUCUGUCAUUGCUGUGCUGAAAUGCAAAUGGUUUAUGCCAGUGGCCUUGAUGGAGAAAAAUCUGUGAUUUCAAUAUCCAAGCCAGAUUAUGAUAGAUUUAUUGAACUUUCAGAAGACUGCAAGAGAGGAUUAUUGAAGGCGGAGGCUUAUAAUAAAGCAGCCAAGACAGAACCGAGUUUCAAAGGUGAUUUCAAGAAGAAAUCAAAGCUAUUUGAGGAAAUGAUUUUCAUUUUAAAUGAGAUAUCAUCAAGAAUGGAAAAUAUCGUAUUGCUAAGACUUAAGUACGGUUCUGAGGUCAUUGAAGAAUUGAACUCCAUAGCCUACCCAUAUAGAAGGCAAACAGUUGCCUCAGUGAACAAUAUAUUGUUGGCAAUUAGGGAGGCACUAAUCAACAAGACCCCAUUACCCCAAUAUUUGCCUAGUGCGAGAAAUUCACAACGAAAGUUGAUUAAAAUUAUUAGAGCGCAUUUAUCAGAGAAAUAUGAUGUUACUCUUGAAGAUAAGUCAAGCAGUGGGCAAAUAGAAUAUAUCAACGAUGUUGAUAGUGACACGGUUUUGUCCAAUAUACUUCACAGAAAGCAAGGAAAUAAGUAUUUAUUGAAAGACAAGCUAUUAAGUUGGUGUGCCACGACCGCUGGUCUAGAGGAAAUUAUCAAUUACGUUGAAGAAUUGGUUGAAUUAAGCAAAAUUUUGGUCGGUGUCAACGAGUUCAAAUAUAGUUUUUUGAGCAGAUCAAUCGAGUAUGAACAAAAGAUUAUUGAAACUAAAAUUGUUGAAAAAAAAGAUGGCCAUGCGCAUGAAAAUGUUUAUUCACUGCCUUCAGAUGUGGAGAUUGAAACAUCUCUGUUGUCUCUGGAAUCUAGUGUAUCUUUGAAUAAUUUCGAUCCUGUGGAGUAUUUUGCCAGCGAAAAUCUGGGGCCCCGGAAUCUUUUGCCGACUUAUGAAUCCAUCCUUGAAACUGAUAGUUUGCGAAGAGUGGAGAGCAUUGACAGUUACAGACACCCUACGAGGAAUCUUAUUACUCGUGUUUAUUCAUUAAAGACAGCCUUGACUGAUGUUAAAAAGCAAGCUGACGCUGCUAUGCAUAAUGAAAAUGAUUUGCCUGUGGCUCUAAAAAGGAUAUUUCGGAAGAAAUUUCUUAACAAGAAAAAAAAAUGGUAG